GUGGGGGGCUAGUUUUUGCAACGGCUAAGGGCCUGCGGGUUUAUUAAAAGGCGGAGCUCGGCGGGAGAGGUGCAGGCGCGAGCCGAGCUGACCAGGGAGGAAUCCAGCAGUAGAGAGCGGACUGUAGCCGGCGGAACCCACAGCCCUUGCCUAGGACAGCCGAGCACUGGGCAUCGCUCGAGCGCAAACCGUGGAGCCGACCCAGAGCUCCGCUCAGUCCGCGCAGCGCCGCGCAGCCCCGACCCGCGCAGUCCGCCGCUCUUGCACCACCGGUCCGGGCAGCAUGAGGCACGCGGCGCUCUGGCUCUGUCUUUGCGCGCUGGCGCUGCGCCUGCAGCCGGCCCUCCCGCAAAUCGUGGCCACAGAUAUGCCCCCCGAAGAUCAGGAUGGCUCUGGGGAUGACUCUGACAACUUUUCUGGCUCAGGCGCAGGUGCUCUGCCAGAUACCAUCUUGUCACCACAGAUGCCCUCCACCUGGAAGGACAUGGGGCUUCUGACAGCCAUGCCCGUGGCUCCAGAGCCCACCAGCCCGGACACCUUUGCCGCCUCCACCUCUGUCCUGCUGACUGGAGAGCGGCGAGACGAGGAAGAGGCAGUGCUGGUGGCAAAGGUGGUGCCUGACUCUACAGCCCAGGAGAAGGAGGCCACCCACCCCCCUGGUGAGACCACGCUGCACCCAACCACCCACCGGGCAUCAACAGCCAGAGCCACCACGGCCCAGGGGCCUGCCACCUCCCAUCCCCACAGGGACAUGCAGCCUGACUACCACGAGACCUCAGCUCCCACAGGUCAUGGCCAGCUCGACUCUCAAACUCCCAGGGUGGAGGGUGGAGGCCCUCCUGCCACUGAGAAGGCUCCUGAGGACGAAGCUUCUACCCAACUCCCAGUAGCAGAGGGCUCUGGGGAGCAGGACUUCACCUUUGAUGUAUCCGAGGAGAACAACCCGAGGGCCGCGGAGGAACCUGACCAGCGGAAUGAGCUUCCAGUGGAUCCUGGGGCCACGGGGGCCUCACAGGGCCUCUUGGACAGGAAGGAAGUGCUAGGGGGGGUCAUUGCUGGAGGCCUCGUGGGCCUCAUCUUCACCGUGUGCCUGGUGGGUUUCAUGCUGUACCGGAUGAAGAAGAAGGAUGAGGGCAGCUACUCCUUGGAGGAGCCAAAACAAGCCAAUGGCGGGGCCUACCAGAAGCCCAGCAAGCAGGAGGAGUUCUACGCCUGACCGGGGAGUGCUUCUCCCCUCCCCCUGCCACUCGCUAGGCCUCCACUUGCCUCUUCUGUGAAGAACUGCAGACCCUGCCUCCCCUGCCACAUGCCACCUCCCUGGUGCUCCCUGCCGGUGGCUCCCUGCCCGCGGAGUCCAGGCUGUGCCCAGGGACUCCCUUCUGCUUCUCUGACUUCUGCCUGGAGACUUGGGCACAAGGGCUUUCUCACGUACGAUCGACCUUUCCACCGCAGCCAGCACUGGGCAUCCCACCACGCCGAUCAAGUUUCUCCAAACCGGAGCAGCCUCUCCCCAGGCCCAGCCCUGCAGAGAAGGGAGACCCUGCUGUGCUGGACCCGGAUGGCUCACCGUGGCUGGAAGAUGCUGUGGCUGAGGGCUGACACACCUGUAGCACUUACUGGUAGAGGCCAACAGGCUUGGGGACGUUUCCCUUUGAGUGGCGGGGAGAGGAGGUCAGAGCUCUGUCAGAAUUCACUUUGCUUUGUGGGGAGGUGUAACUUAGAUGUCAACUUGUUUUUGCACAUGUUCCCUCUAGUUUCUUUGUUCAUAGCCCAGUAGACUUUGUUACUUCCAACGUAAGUUAAGUAAGUUGAUUCGGUCAUCCCCCAUCUGCUUCCCUCGUCUACCGUCAGGAGAUAGCAUCAGGGUUAAGAAGACCUUCCUCUUCUUCUUCUUCUUUCUUUUUUUUUUUUUUUUUUUUUUGUACUAGGAGAACCAAAUCCGAAGCCAGCGUAUAGGCUCAUUAGCUCGUGUGUUGUCUCUGAGUUUGUCGCUCAUGUGUGCAACAGGGUACGGAAUGUCUGCUGGGGGGCCCCGUUGGUGCGCUGGUAGAUUCCGGCUGCCAUGGGCAGUCCCCUCUUAGAGCAGUCAUGCCCUUGUCCAUGAACUUGGGGCCAGGGCGGUGGCCAGGGCAGCUGUGAUGCUGAGGGGCCUGUGUGAGAAUGGAAUCCUGGCGCCUCAGGCUGGGGACCGAGGAGAGAGGACCGUGGGGGCGGGAAAGGUGCGGUGGGCCCCGAGAAUCUCCCAUAGACCAAGCCCUUCCUUUGAUGUCCCCUCUGGGGGACACUUCUUCCUGGGAGGUGCUGAGAGGGGUCUUGGGCACACCUGCACUGAGCUGCCCCACGAAGGACCAGGUUCACUUUCGAUUAGCUCCUGUGGCCCUGCCCUGGGCUGGAAUCAGGAAUGUUCCAAAGAGUGAUAGUCUUUUGCUUUUGGCAAAACUCUACUUAAUCCAAUGGGUUUUUCCCUGUACAGUAGUUUUUCCAAAUGUAAUAAACUUUAAUAUAAAGUAGUCACGUGAACUCCACUGCCUUUGCUUCUUUCUGUGCUGGUCGUGUGGCUGUGACCAGCUUUUUCUCUCAGUGCUAGUGAUAUUGAGAAACUUGGCUAAAAGCUCCAUGCCUUCCUCUUUCCUGUGGGGACGGAGUCUGGGGCCAGAGUCCCUCUAGUUGGCUUGUUUUUUCGUCUUUGCUAAAAUUCUUCUGGAGUUUGGUAGGUUCAGCCAAGGUUAUAUAAGGCCUGAUGUAAAUUUCUGUGUUGCCAAGUUCGAAGGACCGUCUCCUAAAUGACAACGAAGCUGUGUCGGCCCCAGUCCAGCUGACCUGAGGCCACAGGCCCCACAGAGGCCUGGAGCCAAGGCCUGCGUCUCAGACACCUUGGACGGCCCUCUUCUCACACCUUUGCUGGGACCAGAGGCCCCCGGCCCUGGCUCCUGGGAACUCCUGUGCUUGCUUAUUUAAUUUGACAAUGUUCCAGCCGCCCUGUUGGCCCCUCUGAGAGGGGACCGUCUGUGACUCAGAGGGACACCCCACCCAAUGAAGGGAACCCGUGUUCCAUCCGGGGACUUUCUGCGCAGAGUGUAUGACUGAACACAACUCGGGGGUGGGAAUGGGGUCUGUGACUGCUCACCUCUGCUGGUCUGUGGGACGGCGCCCAGCCUGUGGCGGGGCCCAUUCAUGUAACUAAUAAACGGUACUUGUCAUUUUGG